AUGCCUGGUAGAUGUUGUGUUGUUCAGGACUGUGGAAACGUAAAGAACGAUGAAUUGGGGAUUUCUAUUCAUAAUUCUCCUUAUUCGGGCAGCGUUAGAUUAAAGUGGAAAAGGUUCGUGUCCAUUCAUCGGAAGGAUUUCAACACUGUGGGAAAAUUUGCUGUAUGCUCGGAGCAUUUUACAAGGGAUUGUUUUACGCUUGCUUUUCCGAUGAAAGCCACGAAAAGGAAUUUGAAGAAGGGGACGUUUCCAACCAUUUGGAAAAAAUCCUCUCAAACACUAUCAAAGCGGAGUCGACGAUCGGUGAGUGAAAUUACAAUGUAUUUGCGCUGUGCUUAUCACCAUUAUAUUUAUUUCCCCAUUUACCUGUGACAUGAUUUUUUCUGGCAUCGUUGUUCAAUAUUCGUGUAAUGAAUGCUCUGACUAUUUGGACUUCCCAUAUUGUUGCAUGUGUUUUCAUACUUUUCUGCUUUCUUCUCAUAGUUAUAGUAAAACGGGCAUUUGCGCUGAGUGGACGUGAAGUCAAUUUCCCAAUUCCCAGAUCUUUCCACUCAAGCGUAAAAUUUAGAAAAAGUGAAGCUACAUAGAAAUCCGGCUCUCUAUUUUUUGAGAGAUUAUCUUGCUGUUACUUUGAGAUUUGACAGUACUCCAAACUUCCCUCCAAGAAAUCUUACAGCAAAUUAAGAGUUACACGCGAGUCUUUUAAAACGACCAAAAAUGGACUCAGUCUGAUUUCUACAUUCUAUAAGUUCAGUUACUGUUUGCGGUUUUUUUUUUUCGUUUGUAUUUUAAUUCUAUUUUCAGUGUCUGCAAAUGAUGCAUGCAUUUUAAGGCAAAGAUGUGGUUAAACCUUGCUUCCAUUUCUAGUUUUGAAAACAUCGACAUAAAGCUCAAAUUAAACUUGUUUUGAAGGGGAGAUAUAAAAAAUGGUCGUACCUAUUUUCAUUUUUAGCUACUAAAUGAAAUUCUGGCAGGUCAAACUACUAAUGAGGAUACAGAGGAAGAAGACAAUCCUGAAGAAGAGGUGAUCUCUUUGAAAGGAAGUUCUGCACCUGAGGAGAGUGCUGACACUAUGGGGGCUCCCAAUCUCAACCCUGAGGAGUCUCCAGAAGUCGAGAGUGUUCUGAAUACAAGUCAGGGGUCUUUGCUUGAGGUAAAUCCUGAAAAGGAGGGCUGCAUCCCUGAGACUGAGACGGGUGAGAUAAGUGUUGAUGCUGAGAUGGCUUCAGAGGUCCUAGGUACUCCUGGUGAUAAGACAGCUCUCAAGAGCCAUGGGAUUUCAGGCACUGAUGAGGUUACUGAGACCAUGCAGAUCCUGGAGGCUCAGGGAAUCGCAAAAGUGCAGGAUAUGGAUGAAGUUAUGCAGAUUGAUGAAUCAUUAACGAUUCCUGAACUUGAACAGGUUUCUGUGGUAGGCGCAUAACUCUAAUUAAUGUUUAUUUGCAUCUUUGUAUUAUCAUAACAAUGGAAAACUACAUGUGCAGUUAUUUUACAAUACUAAAACACAAAAAUUCUAAAGUCUUGUUAUUACAGCCUGUAUUAAUGUUGAAAGUUUGUUUUUUGUAGGAUACUCCAACUGGACAUGCUGGGAAUUGCACAACAUGCAAAACCCUGAGGAGUGAGGUGACUCAGUUAAGGGGCAAAGUCACAAGACUGAAGAGCAACUUAAUCUCCAAUCAAGAUCAGUGGGUUGAAACCUUUAAGAGCAUACAAGAGCCAAAGCAGUUGCUGAUGGUGAAUGCUAGUGAGUCAACAAUAAUUGAUGUUGAUGAGUCACAUAGGCAUAACUUCCUAUCUUUAUAUUUUUAUUACAUUUUAUCAAUAUUUGAUUAUUUAAUGAUAAUUAAAAUUUUAAUGGUGAUAGAAUUUUUUUAAUUUCAUUUGUUUAAGCUAUUCAAACUGAUCCAUGGCCAGUAACAAAUGAGACAGAGUUAGGGCUAGAGGAUGAAUCAGAAGAUGAGCAGGAAAUGCAGGACGACGCGUAUGAGAAGUUUGAGUGUGAUGAAGACCCUACAUGGAGUCCUGAAGAAAUCGAAGAUGCAUAUAAAAAACUAAAGAAGAUGAUGACUCGGUGA